AUGACCUCGUCAGCGCUGCGUCGAACAGUGCACACAACAGUGAUCGGCCUUUCCAACGCGACGGUCGAUCUGACCAGAGCAGCCAUCAAACUACCCUCCGCCUAUUCAAAUUAUGUCGCCUCCAACUCAUCCUCCGUCUCUAGCGUCGAAUCUAGCCUGCGAUCGCUAACCUACCUCCUUCCUGGCACAAGAUACCACGAUUCUGAACUGGCGUCCGAGGCGCUACAUACAUUUGUUCAGCUCUUGUCCAUCUACCAUGACCAUCUCCUGAAAAGUCGCGCUGCUCUCCUCACCCUGUCCCCUACAGCCGUCGAGGCAAGCCAUGCGAAACCACAAAAGAGCAAGCCUUCACUUCACGCACGCUACACCAUCUUUUGGACUUCAACUUCCUCGCUCUACACAAAGAUUGCGACCUUGUUAAAGGUCGCCCAAUAUACAGAAUUGUUGUGGGAAAUGGUGGCGCGACGCAAGGGUGGUGAAAGAACAAGGUGGCGCGUGGUUGUUUUGUUGGAGACGUUCAAGGCUGUCUGUCGGCUGUGGCUGAUGCGCCUCACCCAUUCUAGACCGUUGGUCAAUCCGCCCAUGCCCCUCAGAGAAGACUUUGCGCCGGAAGAAUCCGAGGAAACAGAAGACGAGUUCUCGGAAGACGAGUUGAGAAUGGCCGAUGAAGCAGCGUCAUGCAAUGUUCGAGGCGUGCUGGGCGACGUGGGUGUCCCAACACCGCCACUGUCGGAUGCUGGAAAGUCCCCUGUAACCUCGUUGUCCACCACUGACCCCUAUAGCAUGCCACGAACGGGCUUCAUGCUCCCAACCUUGCCCACGCCAGACACGGUGUCGGCGUAUCUUCUGAACCAUGUGCUCACGGCGGACGAUGUCAAGCCGGCCAAGGACUUACUUCAUCAAUGGGCCUCGCUGCGGGGUCGGGCCGCCGAAGUAAUGUACAUCCUUCGACCUGUCAUCUAUGCGCUGCUGAUGCAAAGGGUUGCACGCAUGUAUGGCUAUGAAGGGUCAAAGUGGAAACGGCACUGGACCCCGUGGCUGGUUGGUGUCACGCUGGAAUGCCUUGCACGGCAAUAUGCCAAACAAGACCUCGCAUCUCGUGCACCUCAAAGAGCCAGAACUGGGCUGUCGGCUCUGGAACGUGAAGAAAUGCGGAAACGAGGAUGGAGUCUUGCCUGGUGGGGCAUGAGAGGCGCCUUCUAUGAAAACAUCACCAAGAAGUGGGUGCAUGGCGUAGCGGACGCCCUGAAAGGCAAGCCCAUUCUGGACUUGGCUGGAGUCGUUGUCGACGAGUACGAAUUUCUCUGGAGUAACUAUUACUUCAGUACUGCGACAAUGUGA